AUGAUUCCAUGCAAGAUCUCUACACCCUCUUCGAUCUACUCACAAGGCUCCAAUGGUAACAGAGAGAUUGCAAUUAACAUCACCCCAGCGCAUGCAGCCAAGAUUGUGCGAUUCAAUCGUAGUGUAGAGUUCUUGCGCGAGCAAAUCUCGACCAACAUCACCGAAAUCCAGCAGCUUGUCUCCCAGGUUAAGGAAGUCCAGCGUACGCGUCGCGCUUGUCAGAUGCAGCGAGCAUCUUCUUUCUGGAGCUUCCGUCCCAUAACCGAUAGGGUUGCCGAAGAAGGAAUUGAGCAGGAGGAACAUGUGGAAAAGCAUAAGGAUCAAGAGGCGGAGUUGUUCAUGGAUGGGUUCGGCAAUAUCCUGCACAAGGAAACCCAGCAGCAGCGACUUGCUCGUCUGCGCUCCGACGGAUGGAAUACUAUCGGAUUGCGGUCCGUCAAUAGCACCUGGAAAGGGGCACGCUACUACCAGGAGUUCUGCAAUAUGGUUUUGACCGAGCUAGGCUUGGACGAUUGA